GUGAUCCUGGCGGCUGAGAUUUUGGGAGUGGACCUGAUUGAAGAGCCGUUCCUGGUGCCGACCCUUAAAGCCGCCUUGCCCACUUUGGGGAGCGCCUUCCAGCGCGAUGUGCUCACCGAGGACUGCAUUGAAGGGACCGUGGAGGCCUUGGAAGCUGCGCGUGCAGCUGAGAAGUGCGAGGAGGCUGUUUCCACAACGUUGGCGGCUGCGCACAAGUGUGAGGAGUGCGAGGAUGUCGCAGCGUGGCACUGUCCCGCCUGUGAGGGCUCCUUUUGUGGAUCCUGCUUUGAUCGACUCCAUGCACGAGGGCGUCGCGCGGAGCACCCGCGGCUGGACCUCUCGUACGCAGGCUUCAAGAUGAAAGACUCCCACGCAGGAGCACGGAAGCAGGUCAUCAAUGUACGCUGGCAUGCGUUCUAUGACGCCCAGGGCCUCAAGUACUACUACAACUUCGAGAAUCAGCAGUCCGUUCGGAAGUUGUCGUCCAAGGA